CUCCUCCCUCGCAACCAUCACCCUUCCUCUACCGCACCAUCAUCAACACCAUCAUCACAUCUCUGCUAUCAUCAUGACCUCAACCCUGUCCGCAGCCAACCCCUCAGUCUGGUACCGUCCCGACUACGGUGCCCGCCUCAAGCCCUCGACACGAUUCGUCUACAACAGCUGGGGCGAGAUCCCGGACGAGGAACUCCCCUCCCACCUCCACAACAUCCGCAACCGCGCCUGGCCGCUAGGCAACUACCCCUGCAUCGGGAUGUGGAUCUUCCUCCUGCCCGGACUAGCCGGCUUCCCCGAAUUCGAGACCCUCGUCGCGCGCGCGCGCCGCUUACCGGACGAAUCAUCCAAAAUCCUCGACCUCGGCACGGGACUAGGCCAGGACCUGCGCCUGCUGGCCGCCCACGGCGUCCCGACCACGCGCAUGGUCGCUCUCGACCGCGAGCCCCGCCUCUGGCAGCUGGGGUACGAGCUGUUCCGCGACGAGGAUCGCAUGCAGGCGCGGUUCAUCGAGGGGGACUUCCACAGCAUGCCGGACGCGGCGCUGGCCCCCGUGCAAGGGCAAGUCGAUCUGGUGAUCGCGGCGCAGUUCCUGCAUCUGUUCAGCCGGGCGGGGCAGCGGGCGGCCUGUGAGCGCAUCGUCGCGCUCUCGAGGCCCGGCACCACGGUCGUCGGGUUUCAGCAGGGGCGGCGGAGGCCGGUCGAGUAUGUUCGGCCGUGGGGGGUGACGUUUUAUCAGAAUCGGGAGUCCUUUGUGAAGAUGUGGGAGGCGGUGCAGGCGGAGACGGGGACACGGUGGGAGGUGGUGGUUCGGGAGGUCGAGUUGGAGGAGUGGGGGAUGGAGGAGGAGGAUGUCGCGUGGAUGGAGGGGGUGAGGGUGGGGAUUGAAUUUGUGAUUACUCGGGUGGCGUAG